CAGCACUGAGAGAACAUCCAAACGCUUGAUAAUACCUUCGUGGUUUUGGUGGUAGGGAAGCCGUGACUUCUUCCAAUAUAUCCGAAUGUUGGAAUGCACAGGAAUCAAAUUUAAGGACCGCACGGAGUCAAAUUCCAACAUCACAAGAAGCAAUGAAAUCAAAGUAAAAGCGACAGUACCGCGAUGUGAGACGACUUACACUCUGAUGUGACGACCACCAUAUGAUGUCAAUCCGGCGCACACCUUUGACGAGUGCACACAUUAUAGAAGUAUACAAGACUUACACCAAGACUUUGAUGGCUGUCUCGGGAAUGCCUUCUGCCAAAGCGCUCGUUGCUGCGAUCGAGCCCGUGCGAGUGAUCUUCUCUGCUGGCUCUUACUUGGCUGAUGGUAUCCUCACUGUCAUCACUCUUGUUCAAUACUACAAGUUUCCUGAUCAGUUGCUGAGGUGGAAUUUCUACUUCCUGCUCGUCGCUUCGAUCGGAUCUCAGAUAAUCAGUGUCGUGGUUUUCAAGUUGAACAUACCUGUCGAGCAGCAGCCAAUCCAAUCUGCGCUCUUCUUCCCGCUCAUACAGCUAUGGAACUUGGCUCGACAUCCAAAAGCGUCCAUCGACCGGCGAGAGAUGAGCACCAAGAGCACGCUCUUCAGCAUCGUUAUGCUGACCGUCAAGUCCAGCCAGGCACUCGCGAUCGAGUAUGAUGCCAUCUACAAAAAGAGGCUCUCUUCACCCGGUAACUCCUCCAUCUCACCAGUUCUCAUCCUCGGGAUCAUAGCCACGCUGGUCUCCGGAGCUCUGAAUGGAAGCAUUGCGGUGACGUCCAAAACAAACAACGCAACCUCGUGGAAGAAGAAAGCUGGCGUAGCAAUCCUCGCAGGCCUUCAUAUUGGAUCAGCCAUCCUGCUGAGUGCCAUCUCUUGCUCGGUCUUCACGAUCACGGGAGCCUCAUACUUUCCCUUCGUGCUCGUCCUUCUCUCCACCAUCCUCCAGUGGCUCCUCUUCUGGCUAGUUCUCACACGGGGACCCAAGAUAAACCUCAAACAAUCCACCCGGGCAGUGAUCGCGGCCUUCAUGAGCUCCUUUGCUUCGCCACUCUACGUCCUGGCCCACGAUGCCCACGAACACAAGGAGCUUGGCACUCGACGCUACCGGAUCAAGCUCCUGUUCAUGGGAAUCAUCAGACUGGCGCCGGAAGUAGCGUCCUGGACCCUUCUUUUCCAGCGGCCCGGCCACAGCUUGCCAGCGCGAUGUUCUUCGCUCGCCUGGGAUUGGCACAGGCGACGUAUUUCGCCUCUGGGAUCGCCAUUCUCUGGCUGGAUCAUCGCUGCGGCCCCGUCCCCAGUGGCCAUGCAGAGACCGCAGCGAUGGAGAUCAAUGCUGCCGCCGUCGUCACGGGCGAGCAAGAUUUCGACCGUCCUGCGAUCGACCUCGUCCCCAGCAAGCAAGAUUUCGACGAUCCUGGGCAUAAUUUCGUCGAUCUUGUUGUGGCAGAAGCUCCCAAGCUGGAGAAAUGAUCCAAAACUUUUCCGAUUCGAUGAAGCUCGGAGUAAAUCUGUGGCCUGUGCCUCGCAUUCUACCUAAAUCCCAGCACAAGAAUCUCGCUUACUUGCCGCUAGACGAGGCGGCCUCCCUCCAAAUUGCCAA